GUCGUCUCGCUGGCAUCUUCACCUCACCUCUGCCGGCCACCACCAAAACUCCUGCUAAAACCAUCAAGCGUUCGUCUUCCAAUAACUCUAGACUUAAAGAAAUGGUCGACAAGUUCAAGAAAUCCUCAGACUCCAAGCGAUUCCGAUCCCGCUACGGGUACUACGAGAAAGCGGUCCUCACACUAGCCAAGGCCAAAAAAUUCUCAUUCAUCGAAGACAUCCUGGCACACCAAGAACAGUACAAUGAGAUCUCCACCGAAGUCUUCGCGGUCAGACUCAUUACUCUAUAUGGGAAAGCGGGCAUGUUCGAGCAUGCCCACAAACUGUUCGAUGAAAUGCCAAAGCUGAACUGCGAGCGCACCGUCAUGUCUUUCAAUGCUCUUUUGUCAGCGUGCGUUAAUUCGAAGAAGUUUGAUAAGAUUGAUGGGUUUUUCCAAGAGUUACCGGGGAGCUUAGGGAUUGUCCCCGACGUCGUUUCAUACAAUAUUAUUGUUAAUGCAUUUUGUGAGAUGGGGUCAUUGGAUUCAGCACUUUCGGUGCUUGAUGAGAUGGAGAAGGUUGGCUUGGAGCCUGAUUUGAUUACGUUUAAUACCCUUCUCAACGCGUUUUAUCACAGUGGUAGCUAUGCUGAUGGCGAGAAGAUAUGGGAUUUAAGGAAAAAUAAUUAA